CUUGUGACUGGGGUGGGGUAUUGAUACUCAUUGCCUGCCUGCCCGGGCUCGGCUCAUUGAACGCUAGCUGCUGCUUUGGGCGCUCGCUUUUCCUCGAGGGCUUUCUGAAAAGUUCGGGUACGUGUGCCCCCACAUUCUCUUCGGACAGGCCUUUCGGCUAUGUAUAGAGGAGGAACCCCUGUGCUCCGCUGCCCAAUUCCAACCCCAGCUUUGACUGCCCUCGCUUGGUGCUCAGUUCUUUCCUCUGCUCCUCCGCCUCUUCUCGCACCUCGGCACCUUCUUCGGCAACUGCGAGCGAGAUGGAGGCGCAAGACGACUGCAAGUGGCGGCAGAUCCCGGCGUUCGGCGACUGGAACGUGUGGGACGGCGACAUGCCCGUCACCCAGUACUUCCAGGCAGGGGCCUUCUUCUUCGCGGCGCCGGCGGAGAAGGGCGACGCGGAUCUCUUCAAGGUGCCCCAGUUGCCUGCCAAGCCCUACGGCUACAAGAAGUGCGUUGUUCGAGUGAAGGGGGAGAAAGAAACCGCUGUGCCGCCGGCGGCGAGGAAGGGACGCAGGAGGCGCUGCGUGAGCGAGCAGCACAAGUGGAAGCCCAAGGGAGCUGUGGACGAGGACCUGUACAAGAUCUCCCCGCAGCUUCUCUGCAAGGUGAAGAAGCAUUUGGACGGCCUUUUGUCAAAGGCCAUGAGCGAUAAAGCUGGACUGUAAAUUCAAGCGAGAUUUUAGGCGAGGAUUUUAUUCUCAUGACCUGUUCUUCGUUCUGCAGAAGAAGCUGCUGAGGAAUUUGCUUGGAGGGUGCCUCGGCUUGGGCUGCAUCGCCUGAUAGUGAGAGAUGCAGAGCUUAAUAAGUUUCUUGAAAGUUCGCUUGCUUGGUGCUCUGGAGAGAGUUGUAUAGUUGUCUACGCUAAUAUGAGAUUAAUGGAAACUUACUACUGCUUCUGCACUCGUUUGAAUGUAACACUAGCUUGCAUUCCAUCUUUCCUACGGUUGCUUCAGUGCCUGACUAAGGGCUGUUUGAUUCUGAAAAUGUAUAAAUUCAGCCUUAUUGUCUUUCACAGGUACGAAUUGGACCUUCAUUAA